GUUAGAGUCGUCUACACUCAGUUAAAUUUAUACAGCGAUUGAGCCAUACGACACGUUGAGCAUUUGUUAAUAUUUCACCAUAGUGGCGUAUUUUUUGUUAGGUUGAUUGAAAUCGACUUAAAAAGACUAGACAAAAUGCAGCCAGACCUAGAAUCUGCACCUAAAUCAGCACGGGUCAAAUCCCAAUCCAAUUUUCUUCUGACCUGUUCCAUCGUCAACAUUUUAAUAUUUCCACUAUGCGUUGGUCUGGAGGGACCAUUGAUCGGCCAAGGCGUAUGGGGAUCGAUCCCGUUUAUCGUGGCGGGAUUAACCGGCUUUAGCGCUUCCUACAAGCCAACAAGACCAAUGGUUAUUUCGACGACGAUUUUUUCUUCUCUAUCAGUCUGUUUGGCUCUCAUUUCCGGAUGUAUAACUUUGGCUGGAGGCUUCAGGCAGGCUCACUACCAGAAUUUUCCUGAAAUUUGUUACUUUAGAAUUAACCCGCUAGUCUUAGCCAACAGCCAACCUCGUCUCUUUUGUGAACAACAUUAUCGUCACUGUUGUGUUGAGUAGAGUCUUCGUCUGUAAAUGUUGCGUGUCCGCCGACUCGUCAAUCCCAGUUCAGUUGGUAGUUCAGAAUCCGCCGCAACCGACGUCCAUGUGGGUCAUUCCCCCAGCUGGGCAGCAGCCACAAUUUCAGUCUUAUCCGACAGUGGUCUACUCGCCAUACCGACAGCAACCGGUACCCCAACAAGAGCAGCAGCAAUGGCAGGCGGAUCAACAUCAACAUAUACACCCGGGAUUCAUGGAUCAUAAAGAUCCCAUUUGUCGGUGACUAUCACGGAGAAAUCGCGUAUUUGUAAAUAACGCCAGACAUCUGGCGCAUAUAUAAGUAAUAUACACCUGAACCUUAAUUAUAUGGGCACCUGUUGGUUACGAAUCUGAAAAGGUUGGGACUGUAAGUGGAUCAUUGACCCUUUAUUCUGACGUAGUUGUCGUCUGGCAAAGGCAAUUACAAUUUGCAUAAAUAAUAAAAGCUUUUGCCCCAAA